CAAGGUAAAUAAUAUUUAUGUGAUUUAUAAAUUUUAAGUUGUUUUCGUAAAUAAUUAGAUGGCUAAUUUCAAUUUUUUUUUAGGGAAUACUAGUCAGAAGACAAUGAGGUAUCAUUAUGAAGGUCAUUUUAUAUUUUCACCAAAUAGAAUAUAUGAAAAUAGUAGGUUCAUGGAGAAACCUAAUUUUGAUGUUGAUUUCAUCUCAUUUUUUGAUAUAUUGGAUGACUUGAAAAAGGAUUGUGGAUUUGAUGUUAUAAAAGGAGAUAAAUUUUAUUACUUGAAGGCUGAUAAAGCUCUUAGUGAUCUUGAUGCAUUGAUAGAGGUUAAAGAUGAUAAGAUGUGAAAAAUAUGAUGGAUAGUUAUAAGAAGUUCCCUUCGAAACCCAUUGAUAUAUACACUCUAUUUCGAGAUUAUGAUAUUUUACCAAAUGGACUUGGUGACGAGCUACCCGCAGUUACAGUUGGAUCACACUUCUAAUCAACUUCAAAAUCCAAAUGCAACUGCAACAACAGGUUUACUCAUUUAAUUUUAUUUAAACAAUUGAUUAUGUUUACUUGUUCUAUAUACAGAAAUUCUUGUUAUUAUAUGAUUAUUGUUUUACUUUUGUUUUGAAAUAGGUUUCAAUACAAUUAAAAGAAAAAUUAGAGGACCAACACGAUGCUUGAAAAUCACACAAUUGGAGAAUGAGCAAAAAUUGCCAGUAAAAUUUGAUGAAGAUGAUCAAGCUAUUGGUGAUAAUACUACUGCAUUUGUUUGGUUUUUAGGACAAACUAUUAGAAAUGUGUCAUGUUGUCCAUUGCAAGUGAAACAAUGGAAUAAGAUUACCGAUGAUAAGCUCGACCACAUGUGGUCUACCAUAUUGGUAUUAUAGGCAUAAGUUGAAGAAGAAGUACUUUGAUUCAAAGGCAACUUAUUCACUUCAUCUCCGAAACAAGCCUAAGGAUAUGGAUGUAAAAGAUUGGAAAUAUUUGGUUAAUCUUUGGACAGAAAAUGCAUUUCAGGAGAGAAGAAACAAAAAUAAGACAAAUAGAUGCAAGCGUUCUAUGCCGCCAUACACGGGGACAAAAAGGUUUGCUCGGCUGAGAGAUCAUAUGCCAGAAAAAAAUAGUUAUAUACGUGCUUAUGGUCCUAGAAAAAAUGUCACAGAAUAUUUUAGUGCUAGACCUACAAAGAUAGAACUACUUAGACAACUUGAUACUUCAAGAAUAGAAGCAAACGAGCGUGUCCAACAAAUUCAAAAAGAAGCAAGUGAACAAGUAAAUGAUGUUAAGAAGCAAAUGGAUGAGAAACUUGCAGAGAUGAAUAGAAUAUGGGAGCAGAAAUUCAAGAUGCUUUAG